CCAUUUUAAAUUCCGGUUGUAACACACAGUGGAAAAAGUCAAGGGGUGUGAAUACUUUUUGAAUGUACUCAAAUGUUGAUGACAUUUAUAUACCAGACAUGGUAAUUACAUAUUUGCAAUCACCACUUGACACCGUCUGUGGUUUGGUGUGCACUAUCCUAUGUUUAAAAUAUACCUGCAAAGGCCAUGAAGACAUUGUCAUCCAAGGAGCAGAUUUUGCACACUGUCCUGUCUUCUUGGAGCUUGGCAACAGUUUUCUUCUCCACUCCUAGAACAACAACAUUUUUUCCUCGCACUCCAACCUGUAAAAGAAUUAGGCACAAUUGAUACCAUUAUGCCAGUUGGAGCUCAAUUUGGUUCCCACCAUGCACUUCUCUUUGAUAGGCUACAUGGUGGCAUGCUUGACCCAAAAGUCAUUUAAAUAUUUAAAGGGGUAGUGCAGUCAAAAACCUGAUUUCCUAUUUUUGCAUAUAGAUAUUUAUUUCCAUACAUAUGUAUGUGUGUGUAUAUAUAUAUAUAUAUAUAUAUAUAUCUCUUUAUCCAUACUGAAUUUUUCAGAUUAAGUUUGUGAGUGAAUUAAACAUGGUCAAUUGCUUUCAUGAGCUUUUUUCUCUCACUACCCUGAGUUUAAAACAAGGGUUUAGCUAUCUUGGAAUUAAGAACAUUUCCAAUAACUUUAUUUUUUAUUACAUUUCGUCUUAUUUUUUUGUUUAAGUAUAAACAUAUGAAAUGGAGCAAGAAAAUGUCCAAAAACCUUUUGGAGGAAUUGCACACUUAACUUUCUUAAGUAUAUAGUUAAGAAAAAAAGGGCAGUUAACAAGAAAUUGCUUCUUAAGGUUUUAUGAAUUUGGGCCCUGCACCUGCGAAAUUCGGCGCGAAAGGACCCGAUUUCGUGUUUUUACGAAUUAGUUAGCUAUCCAACGUUGCCAUGACAUCGACUACAAGUGUGAUGGGAGAAGGAGAAGCAGUUAUUGGAGAAGCAGUUUUAGCAAAGAUAUAACUAAGCCAAGAUAGUUGUGUCAUCUGUGUCGUUCACAGGGGCCAUGUUCACUACCAGGACCAGCCCAAGCUGUGCCGUAAGUGUGGUGAACAUGGCCACCUUGCAGACGCCUGUCAGAAGGUUGUCUGCAUGAAGUGCCGGGAGGUGGGCCACCGCUACGAGGAGUGCACGAACGGAAGGUCGUGCAACCUCUGUGGCGAGCGGUCCCACCUCAUCCGCGACUGCCCCUCCUCCUGGGCCAACAGGGCCAAGGCUGGAAGGAGGGAGUGGGCGGCCGCGGACCGGGCUUUCGAGCGCCAGAGGGCUGGAACGGCAGUUGCCGAGGUGGUAGUGGAGGAGCCGGUGGUGGUGGAGGAGGAGGCAGUAGUGGAGCCGGUAGUGGUGGUGGAGGAGACAGUUGUGGAGCCGGUGGUGGUGGUAGUGGCUGUAGUGGAGGGCGCGGAAGGUGUAGUGGUGGAAGAAGUGGGAGGAGAGGACAAAACCCUCCCCACCCCAAUCCCCCUGCCCCAGACUAAUGUGACCCCUGAAGGACAAAGGGCAGAGAAAGACGGCUCCGGAGAGAUGUUCAGCGAAAGCUCCCCAAGUGGGUCAGAUAUUAUAGGGUCGGUGUCGGAAAGCACCAUGGAGACUGUGUCAGAAGGUACGGGAGAGGAGGGGGAGAUUCUGAAGGAACACCUCCCCCUACGUAAAAGAAACGCUGAAGAGCUCUCUGACCCCGAACAGGGAAAUGGGGGGAUACGUGGCAGCACGGGCCCUCCAUUUGGAGUGGCUCCAAUUUUAACAAGAACGACGGUGUUGCCAUUUUAAUCAAGACCCCACAGGUGGUGGUGAAGGGGAGCACGGUGGUGGUAGGAUCGGGAACCAGUAUGUCCAGUGCGCGGGCUCGCUAUAGGUGAGCCCACAACGGUUUGGCGCAACGUGGCCCACCCUGCUCUCCUGAAUCGGCAUCGGGACCUGUCCUGGAUGGUCGCCCACGAGAUCCUCCCGGUCAGGGCCGUUAUGCACUCACGGGGCAUGGCGAGGACAUCCGCGUGCCCCGACCAGGCUGCGGCCAAGAAGAGUCGGUGAGGCACAUGCUCUGGGAGUGCAGAGCCGCCAGGGACCUGUGGAAGGAAGCAGGCCCCUGAUCACCUCGUGUCUGCCAGCAGGGGAGGACCUAACACCUCAGCUCGUGCUGUAUGGGGUGGGCCGAAGGCCCAUUUCAUCGAAGACCUUCACCAAGCUCUGGCCCACCCUCACGUGCCUGAAGGAAGCACUGUGGUCCUCCCGUAACCUGCUGGUAGCGAAAAACGUAGAGACCACCCCCAGGCAGUGGCCAUGGUAGCCACGGAAGCCCUGGGGUGGUACGAAAGGAAGGGGGCCUCGACCCCAGGCGAAGGGUCCCCCACAACACCCUAGGUCCCGGCGGCCACGGCCUGACAGCGCUGCGGCGCCUAGGGCGAUGCGCCUAGGGGAGGGAUCUCCUCUGGGCCCCGAAGGACGGGACGAUGAUCUAUUCAGAAGAGCAGGAUGAGGUGAGCUUGAUAAUGACUCACCCCGCUCCUGUACAAGGGACUGAAGACAGCUUUUUAACAAAGUGGCUUUUUAACAUGUUUUUCAUGUCUUAAAAAUGUUUUACCUUUGUUAGAUCAUUAGUACACAUUUUAAAUGGCUUUACAGAUUUGAUGUUUUUACAAGGAAAGUACUUUUAUUAAUGGUUGUUUUCAUUGGUUUUAACAUGUACUUUUUAACAAAUUUAAAUGCAACUUUCAAAUGCUGUGUUUUAUGCUUUGUUGCUGUUUUUAUGUGUAUAAAUGAUGUAAAAAAUGUAUGAGCUUUUUAAAGGAAUUGUGCCAAUAAAACUUUUC